CUUAGUCCCUGCCCCCUUAGCAACCACGUUGCUAUGGAGACACUGCCCCCUCCCGCCCUCUCCGGCAUCCCAUAAUAGUCAUAAGCAGACUGCUCUGACAUCCCAUAAUAAACACAAGUCCUAAAAGAGAGGGAAGGAAAAAAACAACACCAGUCACAUGGUCUCCAGGGAAACCCCAGGCCACUGGUGACAGACCAUAAUAAUCUGUGGCUGUCUGUCCACCUGGCUCAGGCUUUGGUGCACGAACAACAGAAAAUACAUAUGAGCACCUGGUUGGAAGUCUGACUAACACGGAGUGCACUUCGGGUGUCUGUCAAACAUCACACACCUACAAGAGUGACACUUCACGGUUUCAGAGGGGCUGAAAUGUCAAGGUGCAACAGUGCUUCUUUUUAGUCCCAUAUCAGACCGAAUCUGAAGAGUGGCUCCUGUAAUGAGUCUGUGGGAAGCGGCAGAACUAAAACUCAAACUCUCAUGAAUGGGAUAUGCCCUGACAAUCCUGAAAUAGAACCUCACACACGUUUAGACUCUCUGACCUCCGGAGACUUGCUGACUUCAGCUACCUGUGCAUUACAACAGGUACGGCUGACACGUGUGGGCUCUCACACAGCUCUCAUUCCACGGGACCCCCAAGUGAAGCCACCAGCCGCACAGGACCUAGUUUACCUUACUCCUUCACCAGAUUUCUGCCGCUUGGAUCCAGACAAUGGCAUUCAUGGCACUGCAAGACGACGUUGUAAUGAACCUCACGGUUGGAACCAGAUGGAUGUGAACUGCCGCGAAUGAGACUUUCCUGGAGAAACCAAACACACCAGAAGCACCUCAUCUCAUGCCAGCCUGCAUUAACUCCCACAUGAUGAACAACAAACCAGCUCCAUUUAAAACAUUCUGCAUCAUGUCUCCUUUUUGGUGACUUUAAAGUUCUUUCGGAUAUGUCAUUAUAUUAUACAGUUAUUUUAAUCUGCAAUUGCAUUUUUGAUUAAAAGUAAAGUGUUGAACUUGAACAUACAGGCACUAUUACAGUUCUUAAAUGCUCAAAUACACAUAACAUACAAAACCAUUAACUAAUUUCUCAGACAAUGCUCUUAAAGGCUGAGAUUAACCUCUGAAUAAUAGCAGAAGAAUGCCAGUUUAGUCUAAGGCCUUAGUGUCAAUUUCUAGUCGAGUUGCACUCUCUCCCAUGCAGGUUUACUGUCAGGUUUGCUGAUUGUGUUUAUUUUAGUUCAUCAUGCCUGUGUGGCAUUAUGUGUGGAUGGAAAAUUCCACCUGCAAACUCUCCGGCUUUAGUGGUUUUGUUUCAGCUCGUCCUAUUGCAUAGAUGCUCAUUGCCAUAGUCUCAUUUCAUAAUCUAU